AUGAGUGUAUUAGAUAGAGUUCUGGGAAACAUUUACGUUGGAUCAGUACAGCCAAUCAUCGAUCAUGUGCCGUUGAAAGCUGACUACAACAUUACGCAUAUUCUGUCGGUGAUGAAAUUCCAAGUUCUACCAGAGUACCUCAUAAGAAAGAGCUACACCUUGAAAAACAUUGCGAUAAAUGACGACGAGACAACAGAUAUUCUACAGUAUCUCGACGAAACCAAUACUUUUCUGGAUAACUGUCUUUUCCCAGAUGAGCUAGAGUACGAUCCUAAGAAAGUGAGCUUUAAGAAGAAACCUCAAAAGAAUGGUGUGUAUGUUCACUGCCACGCUGGCGUUUCCAGAUCCGUCACAUUCAUUGUUGCCUACUUGAUGUACAGGUAUGGAUUGAGCCUGAAGUCGGCUUUGUAUGCCGUUCAACGGAAACACCCCGGCGCUCAACCAAACGACAACUUUAUGGAGCAGCUUCAAAUAUACGAGGCAAUGGGCUCUUGCUACGUCGAUUCUGACUUCCAGGGCUACAAAGUCUGGAAAUUGGCCAACUCUGUUAAGGACGAUGCCACUAAAGAAACAAUACUGGCUCAAGAGGAUACCUUCAAGCACAAUGAUCAAAAAAGAUUACAAGAAAUGACUCCCGAAGAACUGGCCAAAGUGUAUGCUAUACGCUGUAAAAAAUGCAGACAGCGUCUUGCACUUUCGACUUCGUUCAUCGAGCAUGAGCCACCAAGCAGAGAAUCAACUGAGGGUCACUUUAUCAGGCGAACUGCUGGUGGAAGAAGAAUUGUGGAUAUUCAACAGUCGCAAGACAUGUGCUCACACUACUUCGUGGAACCGCUCAAUUGGAUGAAGGAUGAACUUCAAGGCAAACAGGAACUCGAAGGCAAGUUCAGUUGUCCCAACUGCUCGUCUAAAGUGGGCGCCUAUAACUGGAAAGGCUCCCGGUGCAGCUGUGGGAAAUGGAUGGUGCCGGCAAUCUAUCUACAAGAUGCUAAAGUAGAUAAAGUAAACUUUUCUCAAAAAGCUUUGCCCAAUAUUAUUGGGUCAGAGCUGGUUAAAUAG